CCUCGGGUCGCCUUGGCUUGGAUGCACCAUGGCCUGUUAGAUCCAAGUCCUUGCCUCAGCGUCUACUGAGAGGGAAGGGAAGGAGAUUCGCAAAGGAUGAAAGAGGAAAGCAUGUGCCCAGAUUCACCGGAGGGGAGCCUGGUGACCAGCGAGGAGGAGAGCGAGAGGGUCCCCAAAAAAGGCCUGCGCAAGAGGACCCAACUAGGCAAACCCUUGGCCUCGGCUCCCCUGCAGGAGUGCAGCGCCCCCUCGCCCCAGGGGAAGCGCAGCAAGCGCAGCCCUGUGCCACAGACCUUCGAGGACAUGCACACGCAGCGGGUGAUUGCCAACGUGCGGGAGCGCCAGCGCACCCAGUCGCUGAACGAUGCCUUCGCUGAACUGCGCAAAAUCAUCCCCACGCUGCCUUCCGACAAGCUCAGCAAGAUCCAGACACUCAAGCUGGCAGCGCGAUACAUCGACUUCCUCUACCAGGUUCUGCAGAGCGAUGAGCUCGACCACAAGAUCUCCAGCUGCAACUACCUGGCCCACGAGAGGCUCAGCUACGCCUUCUCUGUCUGGAGGAUGGAAGGGGCCUGGUCCAUGUCAGCAUCCCACUGAGACCCACCGGGAAGGUAUGUCCUCCUCCAUGCUCUUCUCCUACCUUGCACUUCUUCUCUAGGCUGAGUUCCAGGACCAGGGCAUGGUUAGCUGCAGACUGCUCUUUAACUGUAAAAAGUUAUAGUGCACAUACAAAAAAAGCACAACUUUGGGCAUGUGCAAAAUAUCUUUCCAAUCACCAGUGAACAACCAUAACCAGCUGCCAGAUAUCUGCAACUAGGCAUAAGGGCUUUCUGGUCAGAAGGCUGAAAAAACAUGGUACCCUGACAGUCUUUAGAUCUGAGCAGUUUUAGACUACACAGAGACAAUGUGGAAGUUGAAAGUGGCACAUUCCUGCAACCGAUGGACACAUGCCUUUCUUUCAUCCCACAGUCACUUCUGGUCCCCAGACCUGCUUGCCAGGAGAAGAUAGUGGGUAAGGAAUAACCACACUACAGGCAAAUGACUCCUCUCUCUAAGACACCAGCAUAAAACAAUGUGCACACUGUCAUUUGUCCCCUGUAAAAAAACUAAAAAAAAAUCUCAUGGCAUUUCAUGAAGACAUUGAGCAGGGAUACAAGAACUGCAUCCUAAGCACACUUCUUUGGAAGCAAGCCCCUCUGCAUUUGGUAGGACUUGCAUUCAAAAGAUGGUGCUUAUGACUGUGCAGAACUUUGCAUGGGACUGGGGGGGAAAGGUAAACUUGGGUCAGCAACUUGGGUUGUUGUUUUGUUCCUGGAUUUCAGUAGUAAAAUCCACCACAAACUGCUGGAUAUGCCAAGCAGGUGCUGGAUCUCAGCUGAAACCGACAUGCUUGAGCUGGGCAUUUUUAUGUGUUUGAUUAAGCUCAGCCUAUAUGUUCAUGUGUAUUCAAAUUUCAUGAACCAUUUAUUUCUAUAAAUAGUAUUUAUGUAAGCAGAAAUGCCACAAAUAUGUAUCAUUUUCUGUGCCUGAUGCAGUGCCAGCCCAAGACGGUCUCUCUCUCCCCCUCUCUCUUGGUGCCUAAGCAGAGCCCACCGAGACCAACAUUUUUGUAAAGUCUCACUUCACCAUUCAGAUACCGAUUCCUGCCAAUGGCUUGUCCACAAAUCCAGAUAAAUUCAGAGAUGGUCAGGCCCAGAAGAUGCCUUUAUCCUUUUAAAUGAAGAGCUGGAUUAUAGGGAAUUAAGUACAAAUUGCUUUCUGUUUUGGCUGUAGGUUGUAAUCCAACGUCAGUCAUAUUUAGAGUAGAGCCACUGAAAUGAAUCGAGAGGACUAAAUUGUGCCUUCUGAUUUCAAUGAUCCAGUUUGGAGUAUGACUAAUGUUGUAUACAAUGUUUUAUCUUUAUUUUGUGUUUGGAAGGCAGACCCAUUCCAUAUCGCCUUUAUAAGCAGGCCAACAAUUUUUUCACCAGGGACACAUUGCAUUCAUCCAUUUCUAAUAUAAAUAUAAAACCUACACUCACUGAAACGUACAUCCAAUCCCCCACAAUUCUCCUCCAUAUUAAACGCAUUCAUAAUGAGACAAAUAGGCAUGCCAGAGCCCCAAACACACUUCAUAACAUGACUUCCAAAGCUAUCCUGAUUUUUGUAUAUUAUGCACAAACCAUCUUUUCAUGUUCCUGCAAGAGAAGCCAGCUCUGCUGUUCCCAAUUCACAGAUUUGGAAAUGGAGGCUGAUAAAAAGAGCCAAUCUGCCGGUCAAGCAAAGACACAUGAUCGCCUGGAUGCCUGUUCAUGUGCCUGCCCUGGAUAACAAUGGCACCUGAUCAUUAUUUCUAUGUGUGAAAAUGAUGUAUACUUCCCUCAGAAUAAAACCACACUUUUGGCAUUAUAUAAAUGUAAUCAGCUAGCAUCUCCUGCUUCCAUAUGUGUAAUCACAAACAUGGAUUAAAACUGCACCACUGCAGAUAUGGUUUUAAAUUGGGAUGCCACAAAUAGAUAAGACAAACUUUAUUCGCAUUAGCCAACGGCCAUAGCAACAUAAAACAAGCAAUAUAUACAAAUAAAAUAUAUACAAAUAAAAAAGACAGCAAUGGGUAAAAAGGGCAAUCAAAUGGCCAAGAUUAUCAUUCAGAUAGUGGCCCUUAAUCUCAUUGCACCCUCUAUAAACCUUUGCUGUUGUCUGAUCAUUUUUUAUGCCACAAAUAUUUAUGCGCUCCUUGCUGCCUCAAGUAGACCUUAAAUGCUACCCCACUUCCCUCUGCAGUUAGGGUCAACAUUUUUAAAAAGUCUCACUGAACCAUUUGGACAUAAAUUCCUGACUUUAUCUAUUAUUUUCUUGCAGAGGCCAAUGAUUUCCUUUGGACAUGGUUUUAAAAAUCAUGGCAGGCUUGGGUAAAUGCUGCUUUUGAAAAGCACCCAAAAUUCAGCCGUCUGAAGCAGCUUGCAUCACUUUGCUGCGUGGUAUGAUUGGCUCAGUUUUGGUGCAUUAAACUGCAAAUUUCCUGCUGUAAAUUCAUAGCCUGAAUAGUCAGGGAGCCAGUUUGCAAUUAUUACCAUCAGAUCCACACACAGCCACCCAAAUUUUUUUGCAGGGUGUUGCGCAAACAAGCUAAACACACAUUGGCUUCUAUGCUCUUGAACAGGAAACAUGAUGCACAGAUAUGCCUACCUCAGUUAAUAGAUGCACAUGAAAUGCACUGCAGAACAAAGAUUCGGAUCUGCAUUGCAAAACAGAAUAAUUGUAAAACAGCAUGUGGGGAGGCAGAAAUACCAAGGCAGGUUUUAGACACCCCUAGUUGGCUACAUUGCUUGACAGCCUGACAAGUCUGCUGUGACUUUAAGGGUUUCCAGGAAGGAAGGAUUUCACUAGCUGUGAUCCCUUCCCCUGCCCCCCCCCCAACCUGGAUUUCUCUCAUGUAGAAACUGAAGAAUCUGGUCCUGGAUGUCACUAAGGUUGCCCAGGGAGUUAAAGAAUGUUAUAAGGUUACUUAUUCAUAUCAAACAGGUAUCUGAUGCCAAGACCAAAAAAAGGGAAACUUGCACUAACGUACCCCAAAAUUCUGCAACAAGGAAAGCAUAAUUCUGUGACCCAUAUAAGAUAUGGGCAAAAUUUCACAACCUCUCUUCUUUUGCAUCAUUUAUCCUACAUUUUAUUCUUCCUUUGCAUACAUUUCCCCGCACCUGUUAUUUGAAGUUAUUUGAAGUGAUGCAAAUAACUAUGUGACAGAGCAGGGAAGCCCAGUCUUCUGGUCGCCAGAACUCUUGUUCAGCAAGCAUAGUCUUGCAACCAUAAGGACUAGAAAGCUUAGGGUAGGGGAAGAGAUAGUGGUGGUGGCGCAUCUGCUUUGUGUGCAGGUGGUCCCAAGGUACAAAUCCUGGCAUCUCCAGGUAGUGCUGGGAAGUAAUUCUGUCAGAAACCCUGGAGAGCCACUGGCAAUCCAUGCCAAGAGUACUGCGCUUGAGCUGGACAGACCAGGCAUCUCUCUCUUCAGGAGCAGCUUCCUAUGCCUUAUGAAAAAAGAAAGCAAGCCAGGGUCCAUGCGGCCCAGUCCUUACAGCUCUGCUUAAAGUGCUUAAAGACUUGGGGCAGAGGCCCAGGGCGCAACUCUGCAUAAUAUUUGCAUAUGCUGAUUUCUAUGGAUAGAUGCCUCUGAUAAAUUGCAGUGGGGAGCAGAGGUCUCACCCGGAUGAAAUAGGGAAAGUGAAUAUAUAUUUCUUUUUAAAAAGGGGAGGCAGGAGAUGCGAGGUCUGCUGCAAAAGAAACGAGACGUGGGCCCUCUAGGCCACCUCCUAAAUACUCCCCUGCUCAAAGUUAAGUUCCACUGAACUUUAGGGCUACCAAAACUCCAAGUAAGCAUGCAGAGGAUGGAAGCUUUCAAAAAUGAAGGCUGCAAUCUUGUACACAUUUAGAUGGUUAGUUAAGUCCCAUGGAAUUCAUUGGGACUUACUUCCAAGUGAAGCUGCACAGAAAUGUGCUACAAACUCCACAGUCAAUAUUCCAAUUUUGCAGGUCUGGGCUCCCCCCCCCCCCCCAGUGAGGAGAGGUUUCUGCAGAAUGCUGCUUGACAUUUUAAAAGACAACCCCGUCCACCUCCGAUCAUUCUGUUGACUUCUUCAGUAUAUAGCCUGCUUUUCUGGACCAGCUGCUCCCCAAAGCAGCUGACCAACACCUUUAUAAAAAUGGGAACAUUUGAUUUCAAAUUGAAAACUAGCAAGCAGAAAUAUAUAUCAAAAUCAAUGCUUGUAAAAACAGGAAAUGGCAUCAAUUCUUCAAAAUAAUGAGAAAUGAUUGAAUUAAGUAGCUUGCCCUGUCCUCCUAAUGGGGUCAAUGGAACAAAUUUGAUGCAUCACCCUGCCAACACCCUGCAAAGGAAUUUCAGAACCAUGUAGGUGCAACCCUGGAAAUGCCAAAUCUUACCUCGGACAGUGGCAUCACCCGCAAAAGUGUACAUUCAAAAGCACACACUCCAGGAUCAGCUCUGCACAUGCUGGAACAAUCUUCUUGGUUAGCAUGUCCCAUCCAUGGCUUAAGCCCCUGGGAUGGGAUGAAAACAAAACAGGGCAAUUAAUGCCGAAGAAAACGGUGAUUGCUCUUUGAGAUUGCUGCAGGCAGAGUAUCACCCGGAAAGAGGAAAGUAUAUCAGACCUAGCCUGAUCUCUGACCCUGUGGCUACUCUCUCCCACAGGGCAAUAACCUCUCAUGAUGCCCCCCCCCCUCGGCUGAAUUCAGUUUUUGUUUUCUGCCAUAUGUUGGAAAAAUAUUGUCUGCUGCCGGAGGAAGGAGAGCUGUAGCAUGGGGGUGGGGGAAUCUAACCAACCUGAGAGUCUUUCCCCUUGGCCCCUCAACCUUCAGGAUGAGUCUGGGUAACAUUAGCUCCGUGGUCAUUCAGUCAGGAGGACAACACCCCUCAGCUGGGCUACAGUUAGAACUGAUGCAAGCCCGAGACUGAUGGCCUAUGGAGGUUUCCAUUUUCUCUAGGUUGGUUCUUCGUACCUUGACAAUGAUCAUGGGCACCUUGCAAGCCAGCGCAAAGUACUUACAGUAAGUUCCAAAUAUAUACAGCACGUACUGGAUUUUUGUAGCCUGUGAGUCCCAUGAUAUAGGGACGCGGGUGGCGCUGUGGGUUAAACCACAGAGGCUAGGACUUGCCGAUCAGAAGGUUGGCGGUUCAAUUCCCCGUGACGGGGUGAGCUCCUGUUGCUCGGUCCCUGCUCCUGCCAACCUAGCAAUUCGAAAGCAUGUCAAAGUGCAAGUAGAUAAAUAGGUACGGCUCCAGCAGGAAGGUAAACGGCAUUUCCGUGCGCUGCUCUGGUUCGCCAGAAGCAGCUUAGUCCUGCUGGCCACAUGACCCGGGAGCUGUACGCCGGCUCCCUCGGCCAGUAAAGCGAGAUGAGCGUCGCAACCCCAGAGUUGGUCACGACUGGACCUAAUGGUCAGGGGUCCCUUUACCUUUACUAAGUCCCAUGAUCCAUGUGCUCAGUCCUUCCAUUAGAAUCAAUGGGGCUUAAGUAGCAGCUAACAUUGGCCAGGCUGUGAGUGCAUAAGGAACAAUCCUCAGUCCUGCUCAGAUCCAUCAGUAUUGCUACCUGAGUAAGCAGCAUCUGAUUGGGGCAGACAUCAGAGGCAUUACUACCCUACACAUUUCCUCUUUUUCCUUUCUGCAGUGCAAACAACUCUCACAAAUCCAAAGCACAGGGGGAAAUAAAGAGAAGUCCCCUAAUCAGACUUUAGGCAAAGAAAUCUUGGAGCACUUUGUGCUCCUGGAUGCUGCAAAUAGGUUCUUUCUGCUCCUGAAAUUCUGUUAGAAAGGCUGGAGCUGCACAAGCUGUGGGAGACUUCUGUGUUAGUAGCUGUAAUUAUGCCACAGGCCUGGUUCCCCAACUGAAGCACCCAUUCACUUCAAUGGGACUUGCGAAGGUCGAGCUUUAGGACUUCUUGUCUGCACUGCCGAAUUAGUGCAUGCCCAGUGUCCCCUUCUCCACUUGUCCUGUGGCUCCUUCGCUGUGCCACAUGCAGCAGAAGAGCCGUAGCGCAAAGACGGAGCAUCUGCUUUGCACACAAAAGGUCCCAUGUUCAGUUUCUGGCAUUUCCUGGUACGGCUGGGAGAAACCUCAAUCCAAAAUGCUGGAGAGCUGCUGCCAAUUAGUGUAGACAAUACUGAGCUAGAUGGGCCAACGGUAUGACUUUGGAGAAGGCAGCUUCUUGUGGUCCUGGGCUCACCCUAGAUUCACUACACUACAUUUGAGUUUCAGAUGUUUUCAGGAGGAAAGUUGGUGGAACCACCUGCCACCUGGUUCCCAUUUAACCACCUAGGUCCUUUGGUUUAAGUGGCAUUUUGCUUAUUUAUUUUCCCACUUAAUUUAUUUUCCUCUGGACUGUUGCCAUUUUUAAACCUGCCAAUCAAACAACUCAUGGCAGUGAGCGCACAAGGAGCAAAAUGACUUCAGUUUUAAAAAACAAAAGAUGAAGCUGUAUUGCAACAAAAAUAGCAAAACCAAUACACGGUGAGCUAAAUUCAGAGCCAUCUAACCCAUCCAUGCUCACUAUUAAAAUGAAAGAGCAAGCAAAGCAUUUCCCUGCCACCUCCAAAAUGUAGCAAGUCUUGCAUUCCAUCAAGUUACCGAUGGGAGAAUGUUUCAGAACAAGAUUAGAGAAGUCCUGUAAUGCAGAACAUCGAAAGGAGUAUAGCAUCUAGAUCAAGGGAAGUAAUAGUGCCACUGUAUUCUGCUCUGGUCAGACCUCACCUGGAGUACUGUGUCCAGUUCUGGGCACCACAGUUCAAGAAGGACACGGACAAACUGGAACGUGUCCAGAGGAGGGCAACCAAAAUGGUCAAAGGCCUGGAAACGAUGCCUUAUGAGGAACGGCUAAGAGAGCUGGGCAUGUUUAGCCUGGAGAAGAGGAGGUUAAGGGGUGAUAUGAUAGCCAUGUUCAAAUAUAUAAAAGGAUGUCACAUAGAGGAGGGAGAAAGGUUGUUUUCUGCUGCUCCAGAGAAGCGGACACGGAGCAAUGGAUCCAAACUACAAGAAAGAAGAUUCCACCUAAACAUUAGGAAGAACUUCCUGACAGUAAGAGCUGUUUGACAGUGGAAUUUGCUGCCAAGGAGUGUGGUGGAGUCUCCUUCUUUGGAGGUCUUUAAGCAGAGGCUUGACAACCAUAUGUCAGGAGUGCUCUGAUGGUGUUUCCUGCUUGGCAGGGGGUUGGACUCGAUGGCCCUUGUGGUCUCUUCCAACUCUAUGAUUCUAUGAUUCUAUGAAAGCUACUUUAUACCGAGUCAGACCACUGGCCCAUCUAGUUAAAUUUACUGCCUUUAUAUCCCAGCCUCUUUUCAUCACGGAACUCAAUGUGCCCUUCAUUGGACUCCCAGGUGGUCACCCAUUCAGGUACUAAACAGACCCAGACCUGCCUAGCUGCCGCCAGGUGUCUGCCUCACGUACCUUUAGGCCAAACCCUGGCAUCUAGCUCAGUACUGCCUCUAGCAGCUCUCACUGUUCCCUGAAGAUCAAGGGAGGAGCAGAAACACUGUCUCUUGAUCUUCAGAAAAUAGUCCCUACAGAGCAAGAGACCUCAUCUGUCCUCCUCAUCACUGCGCUGGGCUGGGCUAGGAGAGGAACCUCUCCUCCUAGCUUAGCACUGCAACAGGAACAUCACUGCUGCUAGAAGAUUUUUGCACACAGGAAAGAGGAUGGUGCCGCACCAGAGGGAGAUGACGCACCUUUGCAAGAACAUUGGGGGGAAGAGGAGGAGGUGCCUGAUUUUGGGAAAGGGCUGCUAGGCCACCAGAAGUAGCUUUGCAGCCUUUAUAUAUAUACCUGGGCCAUAUGCAGACUGUGGGUUCACCACCCCUGUGGUAGAGUCUCAGGAGAGGUUUUUUCCCCCAGCCCUACGUGGAGAUCGCAGAGACUGAAGUGGAGAUCUUCUGCUGGCAAAGCUGGUGCUCUUCCAACAAAUGAUGGUUCUUUCCUAGAACAGAUUUGAAAUGAACAGCUGUGAUGGAUACUAAUUUGAUUAACCAUAGUAUUUGUUGCUACUGGAUUUAAAACCAAAACCAAAAUGCGCAAACCUUACAAAGACAAGUUGGGGUCUAUAGGGGGUGGGAUUCACUGGAUGUAUGUUGCAUCAUCAUGAAAUCUGGAGAAACUGCCCUCAAAUAGGCUCUAGCGUACCAACAGGGUGAUUUUCCUUCUCCUUUAGUUAUUUAUGGUGCAAUCAAGCAUAUGCAUGCUCACUCAGAAGUUAAAUCCCAUUGUGUUCAAUGGAGUUUAAUGUCAAUAAGGUGUGCACAGGAUCUUAACCUCAAACUGAGAACUGGACUACAAUCCCAAAGAAAUUGGGAAUGUGUGUGUGGAAAGUGUCUCAGAAGAUGCAUGCCAGGUUACAGCAUGCAUCCCCAAAGGCCAGUUCCAUCCCCACUUUUAGCCUGCUUGCUGAAGGGAAGCAAAUAGUAGGUGGCCCAGAUUAGGUGGAAGUCAGUUCCCAACCUUCAUGCUCACAUAUGGUGCCAAUGCUUCAUUGAAGCAUGUAGGAAGCACAUAUCAGUUUUUGGCUGGCAAACAUCAUUUUGACUUAAAUGUUUUCCUGCAACACUCUCCCCCCACCUGCUGCAUGCUCCCAGCACAUGCACAAACACAUGCUCACUUUCCCAUACUUUAAUUAUUACCCAAGUUUAUGUAUCAAAGUGAUUCUGAAUAAGAGAAUACCACAUACCUUUUCAACAAUUGGUGCUAUUCAACCAAGUGUCACUUAGAGUAGACCCCCUAGAAACUGAUGAGCAUAACAAACUUAAGGUCAUUUAAUUCCAGUAGAUCUACCCUGAGCAAAAUUUAGCUGCAUAACACCUAUCAUGAAAUUCAGAAUAAAAUGAAUCACAGUACAUAGCUCUGAGGUCACAUUUCAGGGAAAGCCUCCGAAAAGAAAAAUACCAAAGCAAGAGUCUGAAGCUUAACACGGCUGGUGCUUGCCUAAUAUAAGUAGGAAAGGUGUUUCAUAAGGCAGGUGCUGCAACACCUGGCUCCCGAUUAUCUUGGAGGGGACAUCAAGAGCACAGGGCUCUGCUCAAAAGGUGACUGGACAGCAGCACAUGGCGUAAGGCAUUCCAUGAGAUAUUAAUACCACUAGGAUGUGGGAGAAGUUCUAUACUGUUUGCAUUUUAAUAAGAGACUACCUAAUUCACACUCCUUGAAUCCAAACACAAGAAAUUUGCACUUUUCUGAAUUUUGCAAUGCAGUUCCCCAACCUAAUAAUGGGUACAAAAUUCAUAUAUUCAGGGGAAAUGUGCAUAAAUGCAUACAUUUGUGAAAACACCACACAAAAAAUGCAUUACAUUAGGUGAAAUUGCUUGCAAUAAUAUUAGGUGAACUUCACACAAAAAUGCUGACAAUUUUUUCAUGUUUUUUGUUUUUUUUAAAAAAACCGAAUGGCUGCCGGAAUGUGGAAAGCUGAAUUUAAGGUUGCAAAGAUGAGAAAUUGAGGCAAAACAAAACUGACGUAUUUGUCAAUCCUUAAUAUCACCCAUGCCACCCAAAGCUACCAAAAAUGUUUUAAAAAGCAAGAAUUCCAUGAAAAUAAAGGGCAGAAACUGCCAAUGCCCCAUUUAUGUUCCCAGAAGGGUGCUCAGAAAUCAUGACGGAGCACCGGGGAGGGGGCUGCUAUAUAACUCAGACCCUAGAGGCUUGUCCCUGUGGGAUGAAACCAAAGCCUCUCAGAUCUGGGUUUGGUUCUCAGUGGGUUGUGUUGUUGUUGCUGUUGUUGUUAAACCUAGGAUAGUGGGUGCUUUUGGACUUUAGCACUUCCUGCCAGGAUCACACAUAUAUUCAAGUAGAUGCCGAUAACGCCCUUUGCGCAAUAAGAAUGCAUCUUCAUAACUCACCAUAAAAGAAAAAGGCUACGUUGCAAUAAACAACAAUGGCUAAACAGUGCUAUUGCAUAACGGAUCCAUUUCCAGUAAAGAAAUAAGUAGGACUUUGUGUGGUAAGAUAAAAACCACUCGGCAGUGAUGUUGUAUAACGUCUGCACAAAUUCCGUGAAAGCAAAUCGAAGAGAUUACUCAACGUUCGCUUUGUCUGGAAGUGACCACUGGCUCCUUUCCAGGGUUCGCAUUUGAUUGAAGGCAAAAACCCAUUUCUUCUGAAGUGAAAUUCCAGUCAUCCCUCGGCUGGAACCCUGGAAAGCCCCUGCCAGUCUGUGUGGACAGCGCUGAACUAAAUGGACCAAUGGGUCGGAUGUGAUACAAGGCAGCUUCCUACGUCUGUGGGGCAGGCUGCAGUUAAUGAAAGAAAGGCACCAGGUGCACAGGUGGCAGAAAGUUUUGUCAUUAUGCUUAAUAAAUUCCCAGGUUGUCCCCAGGCAUUCAAAACAAGUUUCACAGAUAAUGUUCCAGCAAACUACAGUGGUACCUUGGGUUACAAACUCAGCUAACCCAGACGUAGUGUUGUGUUGUUGUUUAGUCGUGUCCGACUCUUCGUGACCCCCUGGACCAGAGCAUGCCAGGCACUCCUGUCUUCCACUGCCUCCCGCAGUUUGGUCAAACUCAUGGUGGUAGCUUUGAGAACACUGUCCAGCCAUCUCGUCCGCUGUCAUCCCUUUCUCCUUGUGCCCUCCUUCUUUCCCAACAUCAGGGUCUUUUCUAGGGAGUCUUCUCUUCUCAUGAGGUGACCAAAGUUUGGAGCCUCAGCUUCAGGAUCUGUCCUUGGGUUAAGAACUUUGCCCCGGGAUGAGAACGGAAAUCAUGUGCUGGCAGCACGGCAGCAGCGGGAGACCCCAUUAGCAAAAGCGCUCCCCAGGUUAAGAACAGUUUCAGGUUUAGAACGGACCUCCGGAACGAAUUAAGUUUGUAACCCAAGGUACCACUGUAUAGCUCAAUUCAAGUCUUUACAGUGGGGCCAGAAUCUGGCCUGAUUCACAUAUCACUUAUCUUUAGGCAGGCAAGCCGCAGGGGGAUGCUGGAUUCUAUACUAAUCUCUCUCUUCACUCUCUCUCUUCUCUCUCUCUCUUCUCUCUCUCUCUCUCUCUCUCUCUCUCUCUCUCUCUCUCUCUCCUCCUAUGCAUUGUGCAAGUUUAGACUUAAGAUACAAGCAGCCCUAGCCUGCUAAUUCUGGAGGGAUGUGGCCUGGGUGACCCAGCAGGUCUCCUUGCCUCCUGAUGCAGCUAGCCAGAUGCAAGAAGCAAAACACAACUAGGAUACAUUCCCACGGCCUGUGUACUCAGCAUCUCCCUCCCUCAGGCACCUGCUCCCCACCCUUCAUGGCAGGCAAGAAGGGGCAAGCAAAAGAGCCACGGAAGGAAGAGGCAGGGCCACAGCUACCUUUUCUCUCUUUUUAAAUCAACAUGUUAAAGGGCAAUGAAGUGGCAAGCCUGCGGCAAGGGUCAGUGCAGCGCAUGGAACAUGUGAAGUCUGUGCCCAGAGGGCUUAUGGUCCAUCUACAUCAGGGAUGGGGAACAUCUUGCUCUCCAGAUGUUGCAGGACUCCACCUCCCAUCAGCCCCAGUCAGAAAGACCAAGGCUUAUUAGAGGGUGAUGCUGGGAGCCGUUGUCUAGCAACUUCUGGAGGGCCAGAAGCUUUCCCACUCAGGUCAGCAUUAGCUGCAUAGAUAUCUAGUGAACUGGGAGAUUAGAUCAGUGAUUCUCAAAGGAUGUGGCAGGAGAGGAUGACAAGUGUGGCGGGAUACUUUUUCAAAAUGAGAGCAAGAGCAUUGGCUAUUCUUCUACAGUUCUCCAUAUUGUUGUGAACAGGGAUGUUCAACUUGGACAAAUAUGAAAGACUGGAAAAGAGAAAGGCUUCUUUCUCUUUCUGUUGAGGAGAGAGUUUGUCUCAAGUAAGACCCAAAUGUAAAUGAGAUUACCCAGCAAAAACACGCUCACUCCUCUCGCUGAGUUUGUAUACAUACUUAUUGCAAGAGGCUUGUUUAUAAUUAUAUUUUGGGAAUGAUUCAUGUUCCUCUGUAGCUGCAUUGUUUUAUACUUUCUGGUUGUCCUGUGAUCUUAUUAUAAAGUAGUUGGGUUCUGUGCUAUAAAUCAUGCACUGCUGGUUGUUUGUUUUUGUUAACAAUUAAAAAUUCAGUGCAGCACCAACUAUUUUUUUUUUAUUCUGAAAGAGUAGCCCAGAGAAAAAAGGACCAAUGGAUUAGAUGACCAGUUUAAGGGUGGGAUAGUCUCUGGACAAUAGGCAGAGAAGCACAGCAAAAUGGCUGCUCUGCUGGAAAGAUUGUGCGAAAGCAGGUGGUGGCAGAGUGGGGUGGAGAACAGGGAGCUUGGCAAACAGCGAGCAUCUCCCAGCCCAGAUUGUAGCAUGUCCACACUGCUACUUUUUAUACCAGUUUAGCUACUAAGGUUUCUUCCCUGCACCCCAUUGUGGUUUCAUUAGGGUGCUGUGCUAAUCCCAAACACCCUCUAAGCUACAGUUCCCAGGGCUACUGGGGGGGGGGGGGAGGCAGGGGGGAGAGAAGAGGGAAUGGCUGUUGGUCAUACAUGUCAGCUCAAUACGGCACGUUUUACUUGAACGUCUCUUCCACUCCAGCUCAUCAUAUUUAGCCCUGCCACUGUGCUUCAAAGUGCUCAGAGCACUUCACAGAUCUCCUAUGAAGAUUUCCUAUGAAACGAAUGAAGCUUAAUGUUUCAGGGCCCCGAUCUUAGAGGCAGUGGCGGAGCAUUCUUUGCUGGCACCCAGGGCAGGUACGUGUGUGCCAGGUGCGGGAACUGCCUUGUGGGGGGAGGGCGCACUGCUGGAACGAUCUCCACCCACCGGAGCUAAGUGGGGCCGCACUGCACUGCACUGCACUGCCUGCCCAGCCAGUGCCACCCUGCUUUGAGGAGUGCACUCACGGCGCCCUACAAGCCCAGCACCACUUUGCAAGACUUGCAAAAACAGUGCGGGCUGCCAGGGUGCGGGCCUGUUGCGUCCUUCUCACCCACUCUCCAGCUGGAUGACAUUGCGAGGAAUACCCCCUCCCAAAAAAACCCUGCACCUGGGGUGAUGGUGCCCCAGACUUGCCCAUGCUACGCCUCUGCCUGGAGGAGCUCCAGAAACGACCUUCAUCCACAUGAAGUAGCACCACUCAAAUUGGUUUUUGUUGUUGUAUAUAUUUCAACAAUCCCAGAGUUUGAGAGUCAGGAGCACAGAUGUUGUAAAAGUGUGGUGAUCUGUCAUGCAACAACCCCAUUGAAGAAGAGAACCUUGUUGGUUGCUAAGGGGCCCCCAUGACAACUCAAGUUCCAGGGCCCAAAAAAUGCAGGUCUGCCACUGCACAGCUGCAUUAGAUGCUUACUAACAACCAUGUAAGGUUGACCAGUACGAUCAUCCUUAAACUGCUUAGGCGAACCAGAAGCCUUCCUAUUAGGAAUUGUAGGUAGAGAAGCACACAGGCAGAAUCAAACAUUAUUCUUAUAUGCUACAACUGCAGUGAGAAUUAUUAGCCCAAUGAUGGAAACAGGAAGAGAUACCAUUGAAAGAAGAGUGGCAGAUGAAAUUAAUGGACUAUGCCGAAUUGGCGAAAGUGACUGGGAAAAUUUGGAACCAGUAGGACCAGAAUUUCUUGAAAGACUGGAACAAAAUUAUGUUGUAUUUGAAAGAUGACUGUAAACAACUGACAUCGCUAAUAGGGUUACAAGAACCUUUGUAGGCUUAAAUUAUCAUUUAUUACUAAAUGCAAUUUACAAAUGGUUUAUUUAAGAUUAGGAUCUAAUAGUAAUAUUAAUAAGAAUAAAAUGCAUAUUAGAGAUUAAGUUGGAAAACCAUUAGUCGAGGAGGAGGGAAGUUCUAGACUUAUAUAGCCAAAUGUUUUUUAUUUAUUUAUUUAUAAGAUUGAUGUUAUGAUGGAAAAUAUUUGGAAAAACCAAUAAAAAUUAUUAUAAAAAAAUAAAAAUCAAUGAACUGCUUAGGAGAACCCAGUAAGUUUAUGGAAGAGACAAUUUAAACCAAGAACUUCCUCGUUCAUUGCUCAACCUUCAGGGCCACAAGACUAGAUUUUUUUUUAUUUUAUUAUUUUUAAAGAACUAGAGAGUCCCAAGAAUCCAUGCCUAAAAUUGCACUGUUAGAAUCGCUUGUUCAACAACUGCAUUAUGGUGGAGUGGAAAGAAUACCCAUCUGAUUUUAUUCUUAUGAAAAGCAGACAUGGUCUGCAUGAUCUUUGAGGGUGCAGAGAGCUGUGGCACUGGAAGACAGCGACCGCAGGGUCAUUUUGGGGUGGGGCUUUAAGUGACCACCGUACCAGCAAAGGAUGGAGAGCUGCACUGCAGCCCUGUCCCUCUUGGGACUUAUCUCCAAAACCCCCCAAACAUGUCAGGGCUGACGGAGAAAGAGCAUGAUGUGGACGACUGAGAGGGGAAGAGCCAAGCCUGUUUUCAAAGAGGGUCCAUCCAUCUCAGUAAAUGCUGGCUUGGGUUUCUUUGUGGGGAGAGGGGACUUUGGCCUUGUUAAAUCUUGCAUAGAGAUUAAAAGGGAGAGGGGUUUCCAGGAUGGGCUUUUCAAAAAAUCUUGGCUGGUGCAUCGUUCUCUCAUCCCAAGCAUUUCGCUUUUGAAAGCAGGAAGGUGUGAGUUAUUGCUACACAUAAGGCCAAACUAUUCCAUGUGUUCCAAUGCAUGAUUGAUUUUCACUUGUCUACAUUGUUUUCUUGUUUAAUGGCAUUCAUGGGAAGCGAGUGAUCAGGCUCUUGGCAAAUGGUGUGGGUGUGUAAACCCCCGUGCUACCACCCCAACAGCCCCCUCCCUGAAGAUUGGUAUUUGCAGAAGGGCCGUUACUAUUGAACAUUUUUUUAAUUUUUCCCUCUGCCAAUUCCCCCCCCCCCCAGGAAAAGCAUUUCCCCCUGGACCCCCCCUCCCGGGCCUUAAUGUUCCUCUUUCCAAGAACUGCCCAUCAAGGACAAAGGCUCUGUCCAGAUUUUUCAUCUCUGAGGUGGGCUGGUCCAAGGCACCAGCACUGCAGAGCUCCCAGGCCAAAAGGAAAACCACAGCUUCUACCCCCCCCUCCGAAAACUUCCACCCAACCUUUUGUGGCUCCCCCCCACCAGCUUUGUUAACUGCAGCUCCUUUCCCUCACUCCAUACAAGUUGAACAGAGCAAAAAUGUGUAUUAAAAUCAAUAAAUCAAUAUAUCAUUUGUAAUGGAGGAGGAUGGGGGGAAAUGUGCCUCCCAUUAAGAAAACUCUUAACGGGUUUUAUCCCCCACUCCAAAACAAUUAUUCAAAAGAUCUGAGGGUGGUGGUGGGGAAACAUGCUUUUAAUCCCCCCCCCCCAAUAUUGCACUUAAACCUAAAGUGGCAAACAAUCAUAAAACACUAAAAUAUGAAAUGCAAAAGAUUUCAACAAAACAAGAUAGUAAAAGUCCAAAAAUAAAAUAAAAUACAUAGGAGCAGGAUAUAAUAGCGGGAUCUCACUAACUAAAACAACAGCAAUCUGAAAAAAAUAAAAACCCAGCAAAGUAGACAGACAAUGCAAACAGGUUCUGCCGACUCAGAAUCAUCUUUAAAGAGCCGGCUGCUUACGGCCGUUUAUUGAGCUUUUGGCUAUUUAAUGAGCAUUCCUUUGAAUUUCUUUUCAGGGUAGUUAGGUGGCGUUUAUACCAAAGCAAGUGUGAUCCUGUGCAUUUCCUCACCAAUUUCCCAUCUUUGGGAAAAUUGAUUUGUUGUGCAACAGCUCCAAUCAACUAUAAUUGUACUUGAAUUUGUAUGUGAUUUGAUCCAGUGUUUUGGGGCUAGUGGCAUUUUUUAGGUGGAGUUUUUUUGUUUUUUUGAAAUUUUAACUGCACUGGACUCUUUUGGUUCAGUUUCCUUUCAUUCUGAAACAAGUGGCAAGUGCACUCACUGCCCCUUUACUAUCAAGCCAGGUUCAAGCUACUUGUUUUAAUUUACAAAGCCCCCGAAUGACUUAGGUCCAGUGUACCUUAGGGAUCACCUGAACCCUGUACUCCAACUCAGUUACUAAGAUCAUCUUGAAGAGGAUCGUUCGCCAUUCCCUGAGUUGGUGGCGCUCACUUGAGAGUGACAAGAAACUGAGCCUUUGGCAUCUUAGGCCCAGUGCUAUGGAAUCCCCUGCCAACUGAGAUCCAGAAGGCACCUUCUGUGCCAACUUUUAAACACCUGCUAGCACUACAUAGUUAGCUGGGGAAUCAACAAAAGACGGAUUUCUGCCCAACUGCUUCCUAAUUUCAACAGCCUUAGAUUCAGGGACAAGCAAGCGUCCCAUGACUAGAGGCAUCAUAUGGUGUGCACACUCAUUUAUUUCAUCCCACGUCUCAGCUCAAAGAGGUUUGAGAAAACUCUGCAAAACAUUUAAGCAGUGAAUCCAUCCCAACGAUCUGCCCGCAUCCCGCUUGCUCAAAAGCCCCUGCUGACAUGAAUGGAUUACUUACGCAAGCAGCUUAAUGUCGGAGCAGCAACCUUGCGCAAGUUCACUGCUCUGAUGGGACACCGCCCACCCACGGUGACCACUGAUGCGAUGAGCAACAGGAUGGCCAUUUCGAAAAGGUCACUGUAACUGUGUCUCUAAGAGACAAAUGCUAAAGCUUUACUCAACCGACUGCAUCUCAAGCUGCUGCAAGUACAGCAAGAGCUUCUGACCACAUCAGACAGACAGAAACUUAAAUAUUCCCUAUGACUAUGGAGAACCAAACUUCUCCUCAACUUCCUUUCCCUUCUUAGUUAGUGAUCAUGUUGCUUUCUUCUUUCUUACAACCUGUAUUUUAAACUUUGUUUCUGAGUCAAAAUGCUGAGUUGGUUUGAAAAUGCAAGAGAGAACAAACACAUGUGGAUCUCCUCUGCCUGCAAUUUUAGAUCUUCUAAAGGCUAAAGGAGAUGCACUCCAAAUAUGAUGCUGCCACUGGUGGCCUAUUGGCACCACUUUUAAGUGUGCCUGAAUUCAGCUGUCAGGGAGAAAAAAGCCACCACUUUGUAGUUUUGGAAAAGCCCACAGAGGCAGCAUCAGCCAAAAGCCACAAGUGCAUUUAAAAGCACUUUGGAAUACCUCCCCCCCCCCGCAUCAGAUAAUGUGCAUGGCCCCUUCCAGAAGUCAUGCUGUUCCCGCCUUCAGGUGUCAUCACAUUCCCUUUCCCUGGGUGGGAACUUGGCUCACACUGUUCUGCAUCCAGGAGGGCCAACUAGAAUAAAAUAUUGUGGGGGCCCAGGUAAGCCCCGCCCUGCAUAACCAAUCACAUGACGCAGUGCACACACAUGAUUUCAAUGGGAAUGCCCAUAAACUUUGUGGGGGUCCAGCCCCCUCAAAUAUUUCAUUGUGAGGGCCAAAGCCCCACAGCCCCUAGAGCUGGCUCCUAUGUCUGCAUCUAAGUUUGGAAACAACCCCAAAAGGUAUCCUUCUAGCCUGCUCCAACACUUUCAUUCACACACACAGAGCUCUGCAGUGAAACUGACAAGACUGAGGAAAGCCUGAUCGAUUUCAUGAGAAAACAGAGAGGAAGACUUCGAGAGAAACUGGCAUCAGGGAAAUCCAUAUUGUUUCCCCUAAACUUGCCAGUUUCAGUAGAAAGCAGAAAAGGUGUAGGUGGAGAAACUGGUGAAAACUGACAAGGUUUUCCUACAUUAGUUUGUUGGGGGAGGAAAGGACGAAAAAGAGAGAAAGAUUGGGGUGGGGGGCACUGCCACUCUUUUCAGAAGGGAUCCAAUCACACACCAGCGAAUUCAGGUUGCACAAUUAUAGUUUAUUGGGAGGUCUUGCUCAACAAACCCACUUCCAUUAAAAUGGGAGUUUUGUGGUAAGGAAAUUGAUGGACGGAAAUGCACUGGCAAGUGUGAGGCAACGCUUGCUUUGACGCAACUUCAUCCAACCUUCCCAAAUAAGCAAACCAGAAUGAAUGUUCAUGAAAUAACUUCCCUUGUCUAACAUCCCUGCAAACAAAUCAGGAUGAAUGCUCCACAAACAGUUCCUCUGGAAGUGUUCUGUACGCAUGGCGAUAAAUGAAAGAGAAAGGAAGCAGGAAGCUGUUCUCAUUCCCAAAUGCAUACACCUCUGCAAAAAUGGCGGGAAGCGGAAUUGUGCUUCAGUUACUUCCACUCACAAGAUGCACAAUGACAGUAUAAGAACAUUUAAAAAUGCAUCGUUGCCUUUCACACCAAUGGCAGAAGAAACACUCAACUGUGCUUUUAGGGCGUCAGUUACAGAUUGCAGACCCAGCCAAGGCUGUCAUGUGUAGUUCAGCCCCAACUGGCAUGCUUGAAAGCUGACCGCCUUAGCAGCUCAUCAGCUGGUCCAUUUCUCCUCCUUCCUUGCAUUCCAGGAGGGACACAAGAGGGGAAAAUAAGGGGAGGAGCAGGCAUUGAAAGUGUGAAAAGAAAAUCCAAGUAAUUUAAUGUGAUGUGGCUAUGCUGAUGAUUUAGUCCAAGUAAUUUAAGGUGCUGAUGAUUUAUGGUGCCGGGGGCCUUCUCUGUGGCUACAAUCCCAGGCUCCACAAGUCCGGGCCAAGAGAGAUCUGGCUAGCCCCACUUCUAGUUACCUUCAGCCAGCAAGAUUUUACUUAAUCAGAUUUUCGGUGGAAACAGUUAACCAAGAUUAAACUGGAAAAUAAAAGAGGGUGGCAUUUGGAUGAGGGUGCUGUGUAGAUGCUGCAUGAAACUUGUGCUGGCAGCCCCAAGUCCACAAUGAAGUGCCCUGUGGAAGGACCCUCCGGCAGGCCUGGCAGGCACAGCUGCUGAAAUCCUUUCUCCAUGCAGCUCCCAAAAGGUUCAGAAUGUCUGAUCCUCCCUUUUCUCUACUUUUGGCCCAUUAGCCAACAUGCAACAAACAAACAAACAAACAAACAAACAAACAAACAUUGCAACAGGAUGCUUUUACUCUGAUGUUUUACCUGUCUCUUAUGGCUAUUUUCAACACACUUUGUUGUAUUCCAUUGCUGGACUCCAACCCUCAGCACCCUUAGCUAGCAGGACCAGUGGUCAGGGCUGGUCAGGGCUGAUGGGUCAGGGCUGAUGGGAGCUGAUGGGAGCAAUAGCCAGGGACCCCACAGUGUCCCUGCUCCCCACCUGCCUCCUCACUUUGCCUAAUGGUAUAGGUCUGGCCAUGAGGAUGGUGGUUCCUAAGAGGAGCUCAAGAGGAGGCGAGCAAGGACGACUUCUGAGCUUCGCCUCUUUCACUUAACAUAAGUGGCAGCCCUGCCACCCCAGACCCGGUGUGGGAGUGUGGUGGUGUGUAGGGACCUUUGAUGAUAGCUUUACACAAUGCAUUAGUGCUACAUGUAACUUGGAGAGUGGAGUAUUCCUGUAACAUAAAGAGCUGGACUGUAGGUACUUAGCACUCGUUAGGAGCAGAUAAAUCUUAAAAGCAAGAUAGAGUUACAAAGACUUGCUGAUCAAUAUAUAUAUAUAAUCCUCAUCUGGUUUGUGAUCCCUGGAAGGAUGGUGGUUUUCAGCUGCUUUCAUUUAAAUAAUAAGGAAAUGCAGUUCAAAAGGAUCAGCCCUCUCAUCUCAAAAGGGUUUUAUGCAUUUAAUUUCCUUUGGAGAACAGGCCCCGGAGAGGACUGGGGAACAGAGAGGCACUAAAUAUGAGCCAGCCCAGCCAAUCAGAAGGUGCAACUUUUAGAGAUGAAGGGUUUCCAACAGAAGCAAAAAGGAGGAAGACCUUCAGGCCAGGCCAGUGUCUUCCAUAUGUCAACAUCCUUGAAGGUUUGGGCCUAACCUCCUGAGACUACCCUGAACAAACAGAUGAUAGUUUAACCUGUUCAGUUGAUUGUUAUCACUUCAGACUGGAGACAGGGAAUUUUAUUAUUAUACAUUGCAUUUCUUAAUACAGCUCUGCCCAAAGGAUUUUCAAAGCAAUAUAUAGCAUACCAACCAACAAUAAUGGCAUUGAAAAAAAUGAACCAGGGCACAAAUGAAUUUUUUAAUGCCUCUGUGCACAGAGAAAUCUAGCACAUUGUGGUAAGAGUUGUAGCUUACCCUUCUUGACAUACUGGUUUUCUAUGUGCCGGGUUGAGUGCAUUCAAUCCUGCCAUCUCCCAUUGCAGUAGAGGCUAGAAACUUGUUUACCAUGCAAUGAGCUACUUGCUGAGAGACGAACGCCCAGGCACCCAGAUGGCCUCAUCCGUUCUGCUUAGCAGGGGGGAGCCAUGGUGAUAGUACUUGUUGCAUGCAGUAUAAAUACAGACCAGUAGGCCAGGCUGUUUGUUCCUCUCCCAUACAAAUACCCCCUGUAAGUUGUCAGUUUGAGUUUGCCACUAAUUUCUUUUUGUGGGUUUUGUUUCUCCAGGUCCAUUCAGGAAGGUGGCCAGCAGGUAACACGCUUCUGCCUCACCCAAGAGCAGCAACAGAGGAACUCUUCUCCAGAGAAACUCAGGGCAUAUACUCUGUAUGAUUCUCCAUCGCCAGCUCAAAAACGAGACCAAACAUGAUCACCAUCCUCUUGGGGAGAAGAGAGCCCAGCUGAGAUCUAGGAUGGAGAAUCCAGACUUUCCACCAUUACUCUGGGAAGAACUGCAGACAUAAGCGAGGCAGUGACUCAAAGCAGGCCCAGACUGCUUUUGCUUGUAACAAGCUGAUCUCAAAAUGUAUAUCUAGAACUCUUUCGAUGAGCUAAUUUAUUUUUGAAUUUGCAGGUUUUAAGAAUAAUUGUUUUAUUUUCAAUAGCUUCCUGCUUCCUGGGAGGUUCUUUCCACCUGCUCCCCUCCAGCUAUCCACUAGGACCAAAAACAACAGGAAUGACUUAAAUCCUCUUGAGGUGAUCUCCUGUCACCCUCCUUCAACAAGGACUUGAGCUCUAAAAGCCUCACUCCCUCCUCUCCCAAUGGUGUUAUGGUUAUUCCGCUGCCAGAAAAAAACAUAUUCUGUACAUGCUCAGGAGCAUUACACUUUUGGUGGUGCUAGUUUAUGAUUCAAGGCUAAAUCCUGCCCCUAAAAAGCAGGACCUGCCCUGGCCUGGUGAGACCCAGCUUCCUCCAUUGAGGUCAGCUUGCCCCUUCUAGUGAUCCCACAAUGGCCCAUUCUGGCCCAGGUCUCAUUGGGAUAAGCACACCUUGCUAUUGCCUAACACAGCUACUCACCGCUGCUAAAUGGUCACCAUAUGGUGGUGGGAAAUGAGAGAAACCAAAUGCUUCUGGGGUGGG